UCAGAACUCAAAACUUCUCAAGAUAGAGCCUUAACAAACUCAAAACCUUCCUUUUCUUUCAGUCUUAAUUUCAAACACUUCAUUUGCAUAUCUUCUUCUUCUCUACUUCUUAUCGUUCUUCUGCAACUAGUGAUGGGCAACUACGUCUCCUGCACUGUAUCUUCGAUUCCAGGCAAUAAGCAAUCCAGAUGUGCAAAAGUAAUCACACCCAUCGGCGAAAUCAAGCAAUUGGACGGACCCAUCAACGCGGCGGAGCUCAUGUUUGAGAACCCAAAUCACUUCUUAGUGAAUUCCCAAUCGCUUCAUAUUGGUCGUAGAUUCUCUGCUCUCAACGCUGAUGAGGAGUUAGAGAUGGGUAACGUCUAUAUCUUGUUUCCUAUGAAGAGAUUGAAUUCUGUUAUCACAGCGAUGGAUAUGGGAGUGCUUUUGAUUACUGCCAAUUCGGCAGCCAAGCGGGCUUCUAGGGGGAAACAUGGGAUGUUGUUACCGGAGUCCGGUGGUGGUGGUGGUGGUGCUGCUGCUGCAGCACGGGUUACGCCAGUCUCAGCUUCUGUUAACAAUUUGCAAGGAAGUGAAGAUGGAUUGCCGAGAUUGAAAUUGGAUGAUAUUGAAGACUUCUCUUUGCAAGAAUUCAAGCACAGGUUAUCAUCUUGCAGGUCGAGGAAGCCUUCGUUAGAAACCAUAACAGAGGAACCCCAACUCCUCUGCUCUAGGUGAAACUCUUGAAAUAAAACCUCAAGGCUAACGUGUAUGUGCUGAUUGCUCUCCUAUUUUAGAAGAUGAGAGAAUUAAUUCUUUGUAAUUGUUGGGAAUGAAAAGAAAACAAGAAAUUCUUUUGUGUAAUACAGUGAUUACAGUAUUGUUGAAUAGAAAGAUCACUCCAUAGUUCAUAUUCCA